AUGAAAAUCUUGGACCUCAGCUCCACGCUUCUUGGUGACGUGGCGCUGGAGCAGCUCCUGGAUGUUUUCGGGGGCCUCCAUUUGUGGCUGGUGUCGCCUGCGUCAUUUGAAUCUUGCCGAGACGAAUGUAUCGGCAUGGGGCCUGCAGCGAAUGCUUUGCGACGCGGGCGAGAGAUGUCUCCCGGUGAGACGGCCAACAUCACGUGCUUGAACUUCGACAGUAAUGGCAUAGACGACGAGGGCGUGUUCUUCUUGGCGAGUGCCUGCAUGCGGUGUGAGCUGCUCCGCGAGCUCCAUAUGCGGCACGAUCGGCUUACAAAAAAGGGAGCAGCGACUCUCGGCUCUGCGGUCCUCGCAACACCCUUCUUGCAGUGUCUCAAUCUUCACUCUAACCUGCUUGGAGAUGAGGGUCUUCGGGCGCUUCUUCAGUACGCCAAGUACUGA